AUGCCUUCAAUGUUGCAAAAUUCCUCAAAAAACAAGUAUGCUAAACUUUUGUAUCAAUAUUUUGUGAACCAUAUUAUCACCCUCACAUUCUUAACCAUCAUGGUUUGUAUCUUCGUAGAACUACUACGUUUAGGCCCUUAUGAAAUUCUCAAUCUUUUUAACUCCCUUAAGUUUGAUAUCAUACAUAUCCUAUGCUCUAUGUUUCUCAUCAUCUUUAUAUCAACAAUAUACUUCAUGUCUAAACCAUACACAAUCUACCUAGUCGAUUACGCUUGCUUCAAACCGCCGAUUACUUGUCGUGUUCCUUUCGCUACUUUUAUGGAACAUUCGAGACUAAUCCUCAAGGACAAUCCGAAAAGUGUCGAGUUCCAAAUGCGGAUGCUCGAACGGUCGGGCCUAGGAGAAGAAACAUGUUUGCCUGCGGCAAUCCAUUAUAUCCCGCCUAAUCCAACCAUGGAAGAAGCGAGACGUGAAGCCGAGCUUGUUAUCUUCUCGUCCAUGGAUUCGUUGUUUGUGAAAACUGGACUCAAACCUAAUAACAUAGACAUUCUUAUAGUCAAUUGCAGCCUAUUUUCUCCAACUCCUUCUUUGUCUGCCAUGGUGAUCAACAAAUAUAAACUUAGACGUAACAUUAAAAGCUUCAACCUCUCCGGAAUGGGGUGCAGCGCGGGCUUAAUCUCCAUUGAUUUAGCUCGCGAUCUUCUCCAAGUUUAUCCAAAUUCCAACGCGGUUGUUGUGAGCACAGAAAUCAUUACACCAAACUAUUACCAAGGAAAAGAAAGAGCAAUGCUUUUACCAAAUUGUUUAUUCAGAAUGGGUGGUGCUGCAAUUCUUUUAUCAAACAAAAGAAAAGAACACAAAAGAGCAAAAUAUAGAUUAGUUCAAGUUGUUAGAACACACAAAGGCGCCGACGAUAAAGCUUACCGUUGCGUUUUCGAAGAAGAAGACCGAGAAGGUAAAGUAGGAAUUUCACUUUCAAAAGAUCUCAUGGCUAUAGCAGGAGAAGCAUUGAAAUCAAAUAUAACAACUAUUGGUCCUCUUGUUCUACCAGCUUCAGAACAGUUACUCUUUCUUUUAACACUCAUUGGAAAGAAAAUUUUCAACCCUAAAUGGAAGGCUUAUAUUCCUGAUUUCAAGCAAGCCUUUGAGCAUUUUUGUAUUCAUGCUGGUGGCCGCGCCGUGAUCGAUGAGUUACAGAAGAAUCUUCAGCUAUCAUCCGAACACGUCGAGGCUUCGAGGAUGACGCUGCAUCGAUUCGGGAACACUUCUUCUUCGUCUUUAUGGUAUGAAUUAAACUAUAUUGAAUCAAAAGGAAGGAUGAAGAAAGGAGAUAGAAUAUGGCAAAUAGCUUUUGGAAGUGGAUUUAAAUGCAAUAGUGCUGUGUGGAAAUGUAACAGAAGCAUUAAGACACCCAUUGAUGGACCUUGGGAAGAUUGCAUUGAUCGUUAUCCUGUUCAUAUUCCUGAGAUUGUUAAGCUUUAA